ACCAUGCAUUUCCAGAGUCAAUUAAUGUAUAAACUCACUUUGGGGACAUUCCUCAUGUUGUGGGCUCACAGUACAGCAGAAAUGUUAAGGGAUGAAGCUUCUCUUAACAACCUGUACAACAAUCUCCUACAACGUGAAUAUGCCGGACCCGUAGUUUUCCCCAACCACCAGGUCGAACGUAAAGCCCAAAGAUCACCCUCUCUACGGUUACGUUUUGGACGUCGCAGCGAUCCUGAUCUAUUACCUCAAACCCCCGAAAAACGUUGGUUUGGCGAGGUCAAUCAAAAGCCCAUAAGGUCACCCUCAUUGAGAUUACGUUUCGGACGCCGCAGUGAUCCGUCUAUGCCCAUGCACAGUGCCUACGAUAUCCUGAUGAAUGGCCAGCAGACUCCCGAAAAUAAUGAAGAUUACAAUGAUGUCUAUGAUGCUUAUUAUAAUCGUGUUGUAAGGAAGCCACAACGUUUGAGGUUUGGACGCAGUCUACCAUUUCAAUCACUAAAUGCCGCUAAUGAUAAUGAUUUAUUGGAGUCGGGAGAUGAAAAUAAUGAUGUGGCUUUGUCGAAUUCCGAAGAUGAUUUCUAUAAUAAUCUGAUGCAUUCACAAAAGUUGAGAAAUUUAUUGAUGUCUUUGAAUAAGUAUGGCGGCAGUCAGGAUAAUGAGGGUAUGGAUACAGCGGAAGAGGAUAUGGAUGAGUUUGAGAGGGCCAUACGCAAACCAGGACCAUUGCGUUUACGUUGGGGUCGCAGCACUGGUGGCAGAAGUUCGGUGUUAGACAAAGAGAUUAAGGCCAAAAAUGAGGGAGAACAAAAGAACAAAGUAGCUGAGGUGGUUAAUGAUGUGGCAGACAAAGCUCUUAACCAUCAAAACAAAGACUAA